AUGAGAACAGAAGAUCUACGUUAUCUUCAGCUACUCGAACGACUUCGUCAUGGAGAAUGUAACUACGAUGACUACGAAUUAUUGUUAACACGAGUAGUUGGGCAAUCUUCCGUACCCUUGUUAAGUGAUUCACCAUGGAAUAAAGCUCCGAUUCUCGUAUUUCGUAACGAAAUACGAACACAAUUAAACCACAAGGCAGUUAGUCACAAAGCACAACAAACGGGACAAACACCAAUAGUAUGCGUUGCCCAAGAUACCUGCAAAGGCAAACCAAUUGAAGACCGAGCACUUAUUAAAAAAUUAUUAGAAUUAUCUGAUAGCAAAACGGAGCAUCUACCAGGUCUAUUACCUCUUGUUCCUGGAAUGCCUGUCAUUUUAACGCAAAAUAUUGCGAUUGAAUUGGGUCUUAUCAAUGGUGUGAACGGAAUUUUUCGGCAGCUUGUCUACCAGGAAGAUUCGGUGUCAACUGAUAUUAUUUCGGAAGAAUUUUCCAAGAAUGCACAAUAUGUUCAUCGACCUUUGUACGCUUUGGUGGAAAUUAGCAAAUCAAAGAUAGAAUGCAAUUUAGAACAACUCCAGUCAAAGCUGAUUCCAAUACCGGUAAUGGAACAAACAUUCCGAGUCGAUGUAGGCGAUAUGCUUCCAAAAGAUAAGAAGCCAAAAUCAAAUAGAAAAACAGUUUUAUCCAUUAAACGGCGUGCAUUACCACUUGUACCAGCUUAUUGCAUUACAACACACAAGAGUCAAGGUCAAACAUUAAAUAAAGUUGUAAUUGAUUUAAAACUACCAAAUGAAACCGAUGAUAUUGCUGCAGUCUAUGUACCCUUGUCGCGGGUAAAACGCUUAACUGAUUUGGUUAUUUUGCGAUAUUUUGAUAACAAGGUGUUGUUAAUUAAACCCAGCAAGUCACAACUGACAGAAAUUGAACGACUCGAUAAACUAUAUUUAGAGACCCAAGCACGUUUUCCAGAAUGGUUGUAA